AUCAAAAAAGAAAAACCCAAAUAUUUAUGAGUUAGGGUUUGGAAUGAAAUGAAAUCACUUUGUUUUCUUCGAUCUCCAUUCCCUUCUCACGCUUCCCUUCCCUUCUCACGCCUCCGCUCCUCCUCUCCUGCCGCCUAGUAGCCGCCACCAGCACCUCCUCCGUUCCUCCUCCAACUGGCGACAGAAACCAACUGCAGUAAGGUUGCCCUCUCCGCCCCUUCUUUCGCGCGACGCGUAGCCGCCAGGGGCUGUUUUGAUUCGCCCCACACAAUCACCAUACACACAACCCGUUAUCCUCUAUAUUUUUUGUUGUAUGAUGGACCCAAUGGACAUUGUUGGCAAGGCAAAAGAAGAUGCCUCACUUCCGAAAGCGACAAUGACUAAGAUUAUUAAGGAGAUGUUGCCCCCAGAUGUUCGCGUGGCAAGAGAUACCCAAGAUUUAUUGAUUGAAUGUUGUGUUGAGUUUAUAAAUCUUGUUUCAUCAGAAUCAAAUGAAGUUUGCAACAGAGAGGAAAAACGAACUAUUGCACCUGAGCAUGUAAUUAAGGCUUUGGAGGUUCUUGGUUUUGGGGAGUACAAUGAAGAAGUAUAUGCUGCAUAUGAACAACAUAAGAUGGAGACACAGCAAGACGGAGUUCGAGGUGGUGGAAAGUGGGGAAAUGCUGCCGAGAUGACCGAGGAAGAAGCUGCUGCUGAGCAGCAAAGGAUGUUUGCAGAGGCUCGUGCAAGAAUGAAUGGGAACGUACCGCUUUCCAAACCUGAUAGUGACACAAAUCCACAGAUAUAACUUUGUUAGAUUCCUAUGUUUGUUUUACUCGGAUCAUAGGCAAAAAAAAGCACCCAUUAACAUGUUUUGUGGAUCUGGCCUCAUGUAUUUUUCUUGUACAAAGCUUUGAGGCAACAGCUCUGGCCUGUCUUUAUAAAAUUUGUAUCUCACCAAUUAUCCUUCCUGUUCAUAAAUGAAUGAAAUUAGUGAGAGCAUUUAAUCUUGUUGGUGGUCAGAUUCUCUUAGAGGGUACAUAUUGUGAUUAAUGGAGGAUUAUAUCAGUAUUUAGUAUUCAGUCAUUACAAGUAUUAAUUAAUGUGUGUAGUUAAGCCACAAUUUGUUGAGUUGUUUUUUCAAUCUUGUUCUAUGCUAUACUGCCUAUGAUUGCAAUUUCUGGAA